AUGGUGGUACCCAACCGUCACUCAGCCUUCGUAGCAGGGCUGCUGCUUGCGACGACCUUUCUCUCGACCCUCACAAGAGCCGCGAUUGCCAACCCCAGACUCGCGGCCGUCAACAAUGGCGCCCUUGUGCCCAAUAAGCUUGCGCCGCGCUGGUUCAGGGAAGGCACAUCGGCGCAUCGGCUUAACCAGCGCCAGGACAUCAAGCAGUGCCCGUCGGGCAACCACAGCUGCCUCGACAUCGGGCUGGACGGCGGCCAAUACUGCUGCGGGAACGACAAGUACUGCUACGUAAACAAAGAGUGGGCGAUCUCGUGCUGUUCCCUUGGCUACGAUUGCCCGGACACGCCUUGUGUGGAGGAUACCCGCUACUGCAACUCGACAUCGACAAGUUCCAUCCCGGUCACGACAACGAUCGCGAGCACAGGAGGGGACGGGAACGGCGGCACACCGAGCGUCGAAGCGACCUUCAUCUUAACCGAAAUUCCUGUGCCCGCGUGCUGCCCCCGAGCCUGCAGCAGCUCCUCGUUCAGCUGUCAGGCCGCCUUCGGUAACCAGUGCUGCGCCUACGGGGAGGCAUGCGCAUCCUCAAACCUCUGCAUCGCAUCCGCCACCUCGUCCCCGUCGAUAUCGACCCUCGUCUCCAUCAUACCCGUCGGCUGCACCACCUCGCAGAUCACCUGCGACGCCUCCAUCGGCGGUGGCGGCUGCUGCGACUUCGGGUCGACCUGCACCUACCAGAUCAUGGCCGCGACGUCGACGGCGCGCCUCUGCGCGCCCAACAUCACCGUCACGGACAGUGACUCCAGUGGCCUGAGCUCGCAGGCCAAGGCCGGGGUGGGCGCCGGGGUUGCCAUUGGCGCCGCGCUCGUGAUCGGGGGUCUGACCUGGUUCUGUCUCAGACGCCGGUCUGACGCCCGCUACGCGCGCGCCUCGGCGGCCGCGGCUGCCAACGCGAACAACAAUCGCCGACCGGGCGACGACGACGACGAGAUGUCGCAAGGCAUGAUGUCGCAAGGCAUGAUGUCGCCGUUCCCCUACGCGGGACGUCCAGGCGCCUUGGGCGCAGCCACACUGUCCGACGUCAGCGGACCGACAAGCGGCGGGGCGGCAAGACCCCAUCAGUCCGGCCUCGUAUAUGACUAUUUCGGCCCCGAACCCGUCAUGGGACCCUACACGGAUACGGAUGCGGACCCGAUGACGACGCCGGGGAUGCCGUCGGGUGGCACGGGGCGGUUCGAUGCGAGUGGGGCGCCACUGGGGCCGGAUGACAUUCGCCUGCCGGUCGAGAUCGACUCGCGCGUUGCGGAGAAGGAUAGGGGACUGGGCGAGGCUGCGCCGUUGGGUGAGGGCGAGGGGGCCACGCCGGCGGCGAGUGUGUAUGCGACGCCGAUGAUCGGCGUCACGCCUGCACAACAGGAGGGCGAGAGGGAAGGAGGGUUCGGCCCUUUCGAGCUGUAUGGUAGUCCCGGGAGUCCGUCGCCGCUGAGCCCAGAGGAGGCCAGUCAGCGGCGGAGCAUAGGGCCGUCGUCGCCGACACCGGGGAUGGGACCGUAA